UUUUUUAAUGGUAGUUACUAAUUUCUUAUGAUUUUCUCUUCUUUUUUUUAACUUUUUAAAAAUUUAUUAAUUUUUUAUUCUUAAGGAUUUCAAUGGUGGUAACACCAUUGGACAUACAAAUUUCAUUAGAAUCCUUAACUCUUAAAAAAAAAAAUAAUAAUAAAAUAUACUUAAGGACUCCAAUGGUAGUAACACCAUUGGAGAUGCUCUUAGGGAUGGUCUUAGCUAAUUGCCUAAUUCUAAUUUGUUUGGUUGAUGAUAUACAAUGAGAGUUAUCUGCUUUUUAUUGUUAUUUUUCAAUUUUAUUUUCAUGAAAAUUAUGAAAGACAGACAAGUGGAAAACAAGUGUUUUAGGCAUUGGUCCAACAGACCGUCAGAAAAUGGUCGCAUAAAACCCUAACCACAACACAUACUCUUCUUCUUCUACUCAUCACGAAAUGGCGACACGAACGGACACUGCACCUGUCUUCGAUCUCAAUGACUUCCCCAGAGACAUAGACCAAGAAGACAGCGACUGUUACAUCUUCUCCGCCCCUCUCUCCUCCCGCGGCUCCACAAAACGCGAAGCCAUCUCCGUCGAGAGUUACGACCGUGAUCGCAGCCUCAGAAUCAAAUCCGAACCGCCAAUCUUCAUAGAUCUCGAUCAAUACAACGGCGGCGAAGAAGAAGGUGACGACGAUCUCAUAAUCCUCCGUUUCCCUCCACCAGCUCGCAAAUUUCUAGAGAAAGGCCAGUCCUCGAACAGCAAGCCCCCCCGGAGAAGACCCCUGACCUUCUUCGACUGCGAGAUUUGCGUCGAAUCAAAACCAACGGUCGAGUCGUUUCGAAUCAGCGGGUGCCCUCACUCCUACUGCAGCGAUUGCGUCUCCAGAUACAUCGCCGCUAAAUUACAAGACAACCUGCUCUCCAUCGGCUGUCCUGUCUCCGGCUGUACGGGGCGCCUCGAGCCGGAUCAGUGCCGUCCCAUCCUGCCGCGGGAGGUUUUCGAUCGGUGGGGAGACGCUCUCUGCGAGGCUGUGGUGAUGCGUUCGAAGAGGUUCUACUGUCCGUACAAGGACUGCUCUGCUCUGGUUUUCUUGGACGAGGGCCAAGACGGCGGGAACUUGAAGGAAUCUGAGUGUCCUCAUUGUAAUAGAAUGGUGUGUGCAGCGUGCGGGACGCAGUGGCAUCCCGAGAUUACCUGCGAGGAGUUUCAGAAGCUGGCUGAUAACGAAAGAGGGAGGGAUGACAUUUUGCUGAAGAAAAUGGCGGAGUCUCACAAAUGGGCGAGAUGCCCUUCUUGCAAAUUCUACAUUGAGAAGUCUCAAGGUUGCUUAUACAUGAAGUGCAGGUGUGGGUUGGCUUUUUGCUACAACUGUGGAACACCAUCUAGGGACCAUACUCAUUAUUGUUAUAGUUGCAAGCGUUGACGUACUAGAUUUUUUAUUAUGUAUUAUUUUAUGAUUUAUGGAUUUGGAUUCUCUGUUUGGUAACAAUCUAGCAUCACAAUUUUCUUUGGAUCAUCCUUAUUUAUAUGGAAUUGUCUUUCACACCA